GCCAGCGCAGGGUCAGGUGUUCCUACUUGUCUUAAAACCUUCAAAUAACUCAUUAUGAAGCAACUCGCCAUCUCCUUCUGCAUUAUCCUCCCCCUCGCCUGCUUCUGGGUACUGAACGCAGAAGACGCGAAAGAAGCUCCAGAAAUUCGUGAAGCCAACUCCACAGUAUUCCGUCAGAAGAGGCAGUUUGGAUGCCCAUCCAAUUGCUAUUCCUCAUGCAGUUCCUCGUCCCAGUGCCAGAGAUAUUCUGUCGCAUCUGUCUGUGUCCAAGGAUGCUGUUGCCCAGGAAACAAUAACCUUGAUACCGCCUGCUCCGGAGGACCAGCCGUCGCCGCCUGCCUCGGAGGACUCUGCGGACAAGGAUUCUUCUGCUCGAGCAACAACUACUGCUGCAGAUGCCAAUCCGGAAACAGCACGGGACCAUGUGUAAACCAGGUCUGCCCAACCGGAUUCAUGUGCAACACCAACAACUACUGUUGCCCACUCGGAUCCGGAGGAGUCCUCGGAUCAUGUGUCAACGGAGUCUGCCCAACUGGAUACACCUGUGGAGCUGGAAACUUGUGCUAUUUGAGCAGUGGAAAGUAAAAAAAUGGAAUUCAAUUUUUCCCUUUUUUCAUGCGACAAAUUGCCCCCAGUCUUUCUAUAUUUUUAUAUAUUUUUUUAAUAUAUUGUACUUUCCUUCUCCGUUCUCUGACUCUCUGCUCCUUUUAAAUUAUUCUAAUCUAUUUGAAACGAAUCGUUCCCACCACCAAGACAACAACAUCAACAACAAACGAAAUCCCAAAAAAAUAUUUGAAUUGUUUUUAAAUUUAAUUUGUUUAUUUAUUAUUUUAUUUUAAUUAAUGAAAUAAAAAAA